UUUCAUUCAAUCGACUUUGUGUACUGCAUAUAGCCGGCCAUCAGUUGUGCACUUUGUUUGCAAAGUUACGAACAUUUGUCUUUUGAACAUCUUUGAUGUUCCUGUAACCAUUGCAACAGAAUGAAUAAAGUGAAAACCAGUUAUUGAUGACAACAUGGCUAGCACCAGUGGAUUUGAGGCCUCGGCUGCUAAUGUGCUGAAGAGAGCCGUGGAGAUGGACGGGAAGUCACGCUUUACUGAAGCAUUAGUGUGCUACCAGGAAGGACUGAAUCUGCUCAUGGAGGUCUUAAAAGUGACAACAGAUGAGGCUAAGAAACGAGCGUUGCGUACUCGCCUGAGUGACUACAUGGACAGAGCAGAGAAAAUAAAGCAGCACGUUGAGAAAGAAAAAGAUGCCGGCAAAUAUCACGAGCAAAUUCACAUUGCUGCGGGCUCUACGCAAAACAGCUACCGCCGGGUCUUCGGCCGUUUUCUAGAUGAGUUUGUGACGGAGGUGUACGUAGAAGACCCGUACAUUCGGAGCCCCAGCCAGACCUACAACUUCCUGAGGCUGUGUGAGCUCCUGGUAGGGAGAGAGACAAAAGUCAAACGGAUUACCUUGUUGACGGGGCGGGAUGAGGGAAAUGCCCAUCAGCAAGAGGCAAGGUUUGAAGAGAUCAAAACAAGCCUGGCUGAGCAUGGUGUAACGUUAGACAUCAGGUACUCGUCCACACUACAUGAUAGGGAGAUCAGAUUAAACAACGGCUGGAUAAUCAAGAUAGGUCGUGGCCUAGACUACUUCAAGAACACUGGCAAGUUCAGUAUUGGCUUCUGCGAUAUGGACCUGCGCAAAUGCCAUGAGACCACCGUGGACAUCUUUCAUUCCAAACACACUACAAAGAAAUGAUACCAGUAAGCCUUGGGAAAGAUGAUGACAUUUGUUCUUCAAAUUGUGUCGUUGUAUUUAUUGCAAUAUUAAGGUUCUUUGCACAUUAAAGAAAAUUGAAGGACUGCUCUGCCAAAUAGUUGAAUGAGCAAGUGUGUACUUUUUCACUUUUUCUUGUUUUUUUUUUAUUGGUUUUACAAAGACCGAAACUGUAAUUUGUCACACUUUGUGUAAUUCAUAAUUUAUUGCAGAAGCAGUAGCAUGAAAGAUGAUUUUUGUAGUACAAUACCAAUUGUGCCAUACUAUGUACAAGAAUCAGAAAUUAUCACCUGCCUGCGUAGUACAUGUGUAAAACACAUUUUGAAGUACUAUCAAACUGGAAGGUUGUGCAUUUGCCGAAAAGAACAAUUUACAGUGUUCAUAAAAACUUGCAUAGCACUGGAGUUCACAAAAAAAAAUUGACCUUGGUGCAAAUUGUUGAAGCUGUCACUUACUGUGAUUUGCCAGUUUAUCCUGAUGAUGUUUGACCUCUUCCUCUUUACGAAAUCUAAUUAACCUGCCCAAAUAAGAACCUAGCCCAUCUAACAACCCAUCCCUCAAUCCCAGGUCAGUCCAUUCUACCACAACCUUCUCUCCCCUAUUUUUAGAAACCAAAGGCCUUGUCUUUACAGCUUAUUAGUCUUUCUAGUUCUUGGACUUUGACAAUUUGACAACUUUGUCCCUGUUAUUAUGGAUGUUUUUAUCUGGAACAUUGUGGAAAUUUUGGGCUGUAUCUAUAUUUGUAAGGCUGGACUAGUUUAUUUUGAACAAUCUCAAGUAUUCUGCUGGUACAGUUGAGAAGUAGUUUAGUUAAGAAUGAUUUUUUUAUCUUUGUUCAUCAGGGCAGUGAUGUAACGAGGGGGGAGGGCUUGGGGCAUGUGUCUCCAGUGGAAGUCCAUACCCUUUCCCCGAGUGAGGGAGCGCAUCCACGUUUCAUUGGAAAUUUUGGAAUGUACAUAUCCUAUGUACAAGCCACAGUUCCUUUGUUUUCAACACCCCCUUGAAACAUAUAUGUGCCCCAUCAGCAAUUUCACCCUAGUUAUGCUCCUUCAAAUAGGGCAUCCAAGUUUAUACUAGACCCCUUCUAGACUGUUUGUGCCAUACUUACUGAGAUAAAAAGUACAAAGCAGCAGUAUAAUAAAACAUAUGGAAUGUCAAAUUUUGAA